AUGUUGAAAAUAUCGUUGUUGAGUCUUUUCGUAGGACUUGCUCUGAGUAUUGCAAUAAGCCAUGUAUCGGCGAAAAUAGUGCAAAGGAUAGUCCGCGGCUCUUUAGCUCCAGAGGGAAGAUUCAAGCAUCAAGUGUCUCUUCAAAUACUCAACGGGGAUUGUAGUUAUCAUUUUUGCGGUGGCAGCAUCAUCGAUGAUUUGCACAUCAUUACGGCUGCCCACUGCGUCACCAAUUUAGAGACUCACGAUUUUGAUUAUAAACAGAUUACCAUCGUGGCCGGUACGACGGAUCUGCGUAUCAAAACCUCUGGCAUUUAUCGCGAUGUCGAGUAUACCAUGAUACCUACUUCUCACAAGUCGAACGCUCCCAACCAGUAUUACGACGAUAUAGCAAUUUUGAGAUUGAGGCGUCCGUUACCGCUGAACGUUGAAAGCCAAAAAAUAAGGGCAGUCAAUUUACCUGCUGUCAAUCAAUAUCUGCCAGGCUCUACCAAUACACGAUUCGCUACUGUGAGUGGUUUCGGUAGUUUCAACCAAAGUAGGAACCCAUAUAGUGGCGAAGUAGAUACAGGAUCGACCAAUCCACGAUUAAAGUUCGCAGCUGGAUGGAUCAACCAAGAUGAUAAUCCCCCCUGCACGGAUAAACAAGUCUGUGUCAGAAACUUUCAGUCGCAUGGAGCGUGUCAUGGUGACAGCGGCGGUCCACUCACAGACGAAUUUAAAAAUACCCUGAUUGGUAUCGUCAGUUACUCGGAUCAUGAAUGGUGUGGAGAGACGACCAAAUACACUAGAGUUUCGUCCUAUCUAGACUUCAUCAACAAAGUAAGGGCAGGUGGUUGGUUUUAUGCUGAUGAUAACAUUAGUGUAUACCAGGAGGAACAGGAUUUUAAACAUGAACAAAUUAUGCAGAGAUAUCAGCAUUGUGAUCAAUUAUCUGAAAAAUGA